AUGAAGUUCACCCAAUCUGUUUUCAUAUCUAUUCUUGCCGCAUUAACUUCCACUGUUAGUGCUGGUUGUACCCUCGAUGGUGGUAACUAUUACUGUUCUCAAACCAAUAAAAUCACUUAUCCUGGUCUUGGAUAUUCUGGUUCAUAUCAAGAUGUUACCGAUAUGAAUGAACAAACUGGAGUUUGUACUCAACAAUCUUUAGCAUUCUCUGGUAAUUUAUCUCCUUUAGAUGAAGAAUUAUCCAUUCAUUUCAGAGGUCCAAUCAAAUUAUUACAAUUUGGGGUUUAUUUACCAGCAGGUACAUCUAAUACUAAAAGAGAUGAACAAGCUGUAGCUGAUAUUGCUGAUGAAGAUUGUGAAACCAGACAUGUUCAUCAUCAACAUAAAAGAGCAACUGAAAUUUUAGAAGUUACUGAAACUGUUUAUGUUAAUAUUAAUGGUCAAACUGUUGAAUCUUCUACUACUGUUGCUACUUCUGUUGCAGCUCCACCCCCAAUUGUUAAUUCAGUUCCACCUCAAGAACCAGUUACCUCUACUCCAACCACAGCAGCUGCUCCUCCAACCACUUUAACUACCUCAUCCACUUCAUCAACUACAUCAACCUCAUCUACUUCAAAUACUUCUUCUCCACAAUCUUCCGCUGCUGCCGGUGAUUGGGAACAAGUUGCUUACUAUUCUCCAGGUAGUGCCAACAACCUUGUAUUCAUGAACUAUUACGGUGGUUCUGGUUCUGGUGUUUGGUCAUCAUCUUUUGGUAACUCCUUAUCAUACGCCAAUGCCGAUGCUUCAGGUGGUUCAUCAACCCCAGUUGCUUUAGGAAGUAACCUUGUGCCAUCCAAUAACGAAUAUGUUAUUUUUUCCGGUCAACAAUGUAGUGGUGAUGAUUGUGGAUACUAUAGAAGUGGUAUUCCAGCUUAUCAUGGUUUUGGUGGAGAUCAAAAGAUUUUUGUUUUUGAAUUUGAAAUGCCAACUGAUACUGGUGCAUCUGGUGGAUUAAACUUUGAUAUGCCAGCUGUUUGGUUAUUAAAUGCCAAAAUUCCAAGAACUUUACAAUAUGGUGCUGCCACUUGUUCAUGUUGGUUAACUGGUUGUGGUGAAUUAGAUUUAUUUGAAAUUUUAGAUUCAGGUGAUAACAGAUUAAUUUCUCAUUUACAUGAUGGUCAAGGUUCAAACGGUAGUGCUCAAGGUGGAGGUGGUUCUCAAGAUUAUUUCUCCAGACCAACUUCAGGUUCUUUAGCUGCUGCUGUUAUUUUCCAAGGUAAUUCUGUAUCUAUCCUUGAAGUUGCUAACUCAUUUGAUGCUGUCUUAUCUUCCGAAACUGUCCAAGGAUGGAUUAACCAAUCCGGUUCUGUUGCUACCAUUCAAUAA